CUGAUUAAUUAGAUGCUUCUGCGUUGAAAUGGUUCUCUUAUAAUUUGUGAAAUACUUAAAUAUGUCCCUUAAUUGGAUCUUUUUGCUUGUGUCUUUUUAGUUAUUUUCAAAUUCCCACCAACACGUAAAAUUUGAAUAUAAAAUGGCAGAUAAAACCAUCAAAGCCGCUAAAAAGCUGAUGAGGACUGAAGUGACCAAUAUUUUGUCUACGAUGAGUGAAGCUAAUCGUGAACAGCAAUCGAAUGAAAUUUUUGAAAAGCUAAUGAACAAUGAAAAAUUUAAACAAAGUCAACGAGUUUCUGUGUUUAUUAACAUGGCGGAUGAAAUCAAAACAGCCAAGAUAAUUGAAGAAAUAUUCAAGCAAGGAAAAAGAUGCUUCAUUCCAAGAAUCAUAUUGAAAAGCAAACACAUGGAUAUGGUUGAGAUGAGUUCAUUGGAAGAAAUACAUAACCUACCAACAAUCAAAUGGGGAAUGAGACAACCUGAAGUUGUUGACAAAGAAGCAAUGGAUGUUGGCGGACUUGACUUUAUGGUUGUUCCAGGAGUAGCUUUUGGACCUGAUUGCUCUAGAUUAGGACAUGGUUCAGGAUAUUAUGAUUAUUAUUUUGCUAGAUACAAAGCUAAAUUCGGUAAUCUUCCUCAUCUCGCUGGCCUUUGUUUUAGAGAACAAAUAAAAGACGCAAUUCCAAUGACUGAAUUCGAUGUACGUGUACACGAAGUGAUCACAUCUACAAACUGAAAUGAAGUAAAAUUCAUGGUUUUAAGCUCAUCUUUACGGACUUCAUAUGUUUUUUUGCAUUGGAAUCAACACUCAACUUACUACUGUGUCAAGUAAGUAACUAACAGUGUAGCUCAUCUCUGUUGUAUACUGUUCUGGAAUAAUCUUAAUUAUUGUCGACUUUCGUUUGGAAAUAUAUAAAUUUAAUAGACUGUAAUGUAAAAAAUUGACUUGCGUUUAUGAGAGAUCAAUAAAGAAAAUCAUCUUUAAAA